AUGAGUGGAAGACAUUCGAUUGUUAUUGAUUUUUCAAGAAAGCCCGGAGCAAGUGUAGAAUUCAAGAGAGUUCGACAUGAUUCUGAUGAAAGCGUGCUCUCGAAUCCACCUAAAAAGCUAGAAUGCGGUUGGCUACCAUGCUGUAUGUCCCCAGAAGACGCUGAAUCAUUUGGUCAUCAUGUCUCGAUAUUCAUGGUCGCUCUGGUUGCUUUUGCUACUUUCUUCUGUGUUACUUUUAUUCUAGUUCUUGUUUUCAUUCUUGAGACAAACCGUCAUCACAUAUUCCCAUUGACACCGGAACAACGUCCAUCUGAUGUUUACAAGCGAACAUUUUCAAUUCACAAAGAUUCGAAUAAGUUGUUCCAUCAGAUCCACAGACUGUCAUAUUGGCAACAACUCCAAGAUGAUCCAUAUUACAUGUCUGUGGGCAUACGCAAUCUGGGAAACUUGCUGGGGAUGGAACACACUUUGCUCCGUGGAAACAACGAAGAGAAUGGCAAUCUCUGA